UUCACAGAACUGCAAAAAAUGUGGGUACCGUUACUAAAGCAUACGAAUCAAUAAAUUGCUACUAACCUUGAGAAAUUGGUUAAACAUAAAUAUUAUUCAUAUAAAACCCGGUAUUUUGUAAUUAAUGUUAUUUUACCGUCGACCGGCGUAGUCAUCUCUUGUGUUCUGUGAUGUUUAAGUUUUUAUUGCUGUUUUGUAGUUUUUACUAUGUGUUAUGUUAUGAAGUACCUAAAGCGAAGUUCCAAGCAAUUUAUCCCAAAGGACUUAAAGUGAUUAUACCAGAUGACGGCUUCUCUUUGGUCGCUUUCCAUGGCAAGCUGAACGAAGAGAUGGAUGGCCUCGAAGGUGGUACCUGGUCAGCAGAUAUACCUAAAGCGGAAAACGGAGAAUGGAUAUUCCGAGAUAAUAAUGUGGAGUUGAAGAUGGGAGAUAAGGUUUACUUUUGGACCUUUGCUAUUAAAAAUGGACUAGGGCACCGACAAGAUGAUGGAGAGUGGACUGUGGAUGGAUACGUUGACGCAUUUGGCAACCCUGUUAAAGUUCAAGAUGGCACAACCGAAGAGCCAACAACCAUACCCCCCACUACACCUCCCACUACGUCUACCACCACACCUCCCACCACAACUACCACCACAACUUCCACCACUCAGGCCCCAAAACCAACCACAGAUUCCUCCGGCCCUUACAAAUACCCGUGCGAGAUAUCCCUGACUAAAGUGACCACACCAGGGUUCGUUUGCAAGGGUCAAUUACUGUUUGAGGAUACGUUUGAUGGUGAUUUAGACAAGGGGAGGAUAUGGACACCUGAAAUUAAAAUGCCUAAUGCACCAGAUUUCCCAUUCAACGUAUAUUUGUAUGACAAAAAUGUGCGAUCUGACGAUGGAAAGUUGAUAAUAGAGCCAAUGACCCUCGAAUCGAAGUAUGGUGAUGGAUUUAUUUGGGAAACUCUAGACCUCACCCUUAAGUGUACCGGCAAAAUUGGCACCCCAGAAUGUUACCGAGAAGCAGCGGGCCCAGAAAUCCUACCACCGAUCAUUACUGGGAAAAUUAAUAGCAAGCGUAGUUUUGCUUUUAAGUAUGGCAAAGUUGAAGUCGUCGCCAAAAUGCCGCUUGGAAACUGGCUUAUACCUGAGAUUCAGCUUGAGCCACGGUUCAACGAGUACGGAUCGCGGAGGUAUGCCUCGGGCCUAUUGAAGAUUGCACUUGUUAAAGGGAAUGUGGAGUACGCAAAGAAGCUCAUGGCAGGACCGGUAAUGUCCGAUUUUGAACCUUAUAGGAGUAUGUAUUUGAAAGAAAAAGUUGGUUACGAAAAUUGGAAUAAAGCCUACCAUAACUAUACUCUUGUUUGGACACCAGAUGCGAUUGAAAUGUAUGUGGAUGGUGAAAAGUACGGCGAGGUAGACCCUGGUGAAGGCUUCUACCAAGAAGCAGUUAAGCAUCACGUUAGAGCAGCAUCCAGAUGGCUGAAAGGAUCAGCCAUGGCACCAUUUGAUGAACUGUUCUAUAUAUCCCUCGGACUUCGAGUUGGUGGUAUCAACGAGUUCCCGGACGCGACAAAUAAGCCGUGGAAGAAUCGAUCAGCGAAGGCUGCUCUCCAGUUCUGGAACCACCGUGAUGAGUGGCUUCCCACUUGGUUCUCUGAUACCAGUCCUUUAAGCAUUGAUUCUGUUAGAGUUUAUGCUCUAUAGAAACUACUGCAUUCAAAAUUGCCACAUAAAUAUUUCUUUGAUAAUUCUACAAUUCUACAGUGCGUCAGGCACUAACAGCCUUGCGAUUCUGAACAAUAAACUACAAGCUCCUUAUCAGAAUGCCAAAUCAUAAAAUGACUGCUUCACGACUGAUUUGAGCGCGACCGCCGCUGCGAAAACCGCUGUUAGAUUCGAAAAUUGAGUUACAGAAUCGCAAGGCAGGUAAUAAAUUUUCUCGUAUA